AAUCUGAGCAAUAUUUCAGUAAUAUAUAUGUUGAGAGCCAGAGUCUGCGGGAUAUAAUGAAUUGAAAUAUUUCAUGUCAACCCCUCUACUAAAGUGGCCUAUUCUUAUGACCCCGCGCGACUCUGGGGGCUCACAGAAAAGGUCAAGGUCGUAUGUGGAAAGAAAUAUGUGAAACGUUGUUAUUUGUAAUGAUCACCGUAAAAAUGUGUGUAUUGUCUAUGGAAGGACAGAAAGAAUGACCGUCCGUUAAUAACUGACCGGCAACAACCCCUGUUGUCUCCAUGUUUGUGAAGUGUUGGAUUGAUGGAAGGCAGCAGGGCUGAGAGGGAGACACCCCAUGCUCCGUGCCGACACCUGGUGUCCUGUGACCCUGACCUUGAUACUGCUGUCCACUUACUACAGCUAAGAGACUCUGACUUCCUCAAGGUCGCCCUACAGAACGUCAACAAUCACGUGCCAAUCAACAAUCACGUGCCGAUUAACAAUCACUUACCAAUUAACAAUCAUGUGCCAAUCAACAGAUUACGUCGGCUAGAGUUGGACAAUGCGGGUCACAACAAGAAUCUGUGCUUGGAUGGUGGUGAUUUGAGACCUGUAGAAGGCCCUGCUAUCCAGGACCAGACAGGAAGUGAGGUCACGGAGAGAAACAACAACCAUGUUUGUGUUGAGGAACUAGUCGAAAUUGUGGACAAGACAUCCAUCUUUUGUGGUGAUUUGAUGAAUGAAGGCAAUGCUAAACGACUUGAGCACAGGAUUACAAUAGAGGAACCUAUUUCUGGGCAACAAUCAAGUAUAGGAAUUCAUAUUGUGAACUUUGACAGUUCAAAUGGAAAUGUAACCAAACAGCCUGUUGCUAGAAAGCAGCUAUCUAGGAGCAACAGUGUCAAGCUUUCCUGUCCAGAUGCUUCUUACACAAGGUCAUUCAUAAAAAGCCUUCGUUCGGAUGAAUCGGUUGACGGGGACAAACUUAAGUCACCUGUGGCUGAGCCUUCAUCUAGCAUCCGCGUGUUGCACCUGGAGGAUUCAGGCCUCCCCUCCUCCCCCUGCUACUCCGGCAGUGACUGUGAUGUUACGGAGCAGGGUGGUGGUGAGGGCGGGGACAACACCCCCAAGGUCUCAUGCAUGAGGUAUCUUUCUGAUCCUUCUCCACUCAGAGAAUGGUCUUCAGCCAUGAUUGGUCGCACUAGCAGUAGUCUGAGCGAAGGCCUCCAGGACAUGAGCUUGUCCACCUCUCCAAGUAGCGAUGAAGCGACAUGCAGUCAGGACAAGCAUUUGUUCAUGCACCAGUCAAACCCUGACAGCGAUGAUCCUCGAUCGCCUCCACCACAGAGGAUGAUGCUGUUCCAGACUGCCAACUCCUUCUGCUAUGGGGAGAAUGAUCCGCCUCCUGAAAUUUCCUACCCCCCAAAGUGUAGUUCCUUCCCCCUAAGAUCUGACCUGGACUUGUGUGAGAGCAUGUCCCAGGCCUCUCAGUAUUAUCCUAACAUCGUGAAUGGGAAUGACAGUUACACUCAAAACCAGUACAAAAACAUUGCCCACCAGUUCCUGCUGUGCCCCCUGGACACAGAGCAUAAUGAAGCCCACCAGCCCACCAGUGUCCAGUGCUGGGGACAUUUCUCACGACCGCGACGCCACUACAAAUAUCGCCGUAGUGACUAUUCCAGUGAAAGUGAGGAGGAUGUUCCAGUACGUUCUUCGGAGCCACCGUGCCGGGUGAGUGCAAGAUCCCAGAAGUCCCACCUGGCCAUAGGCAACCUGCAACGGAGUUUGUCUCUGGGCACUGCGUCCAAGUCGGAUGUUCCUGAUGAUAUAGACUGCACUGAUGGCCUGGACUUCAGGGAAGGAGUCAAACCUUGUGUGUUCAAAGAAAAGUUAGCUGCCAUGAAGAGAUGGUUUGCAGAUUUCAGCGAUGAGCAGAAGAAUAUAGUUUUAAAAAGUUUGUUGAGUGGUUGUGACUUGCCCCAGAUUCAUCUGUUGUCUGUGAAGAUGGAGGCGAAUCUCCACCGAGGCUGCCCCCCGAACUGCCAGGACAUCAUCACCUGGUUACCUAGCUACCUGGCCGCCAAGAUCAUGGCCUACCUAGAUCCAGUAAGUUUGUGUCGAUCAUCACAAGUCUGUAAAGUGUGGCAGCAACUUGCUGAUGAUCCGUCAUUUUGGAGAAGAUUCUGCUGUCAACCAAAAUGGCGACUGUCGAAGGCAGCUGAACACAAACAAGUGAUAAGCCACAUGUCUGUGGAAGGCAGUAUUCAGUGGAAGAAUGUGUUUGCGGAGAGAUUCCGGUUGAGGAACAACUGGCUGAGAGGUAGAUGUACAGUCCGCACAUUCGAAGGCCACAAUCAGGGUAUUUCAUGUGUUCAGUUUGACGACACUCGUAUUGUCAGUGGAUCAUCAGACAAGACAGUAAAGGUAUGGAAUAUUCGCACCAAUGCCCCCUGGUCAGUACAGACGCUGGUAGGCCACAGUGGGACAGUACGAUGUCUCCACUUGGAGGGAAGCAGACUCGUCAGCGGGUCCAGUGACAAAACUAUCAAGGUUUGGGACUUGUCCACAAGAGAUUCCUGGUCAAGUAUUGCCUGUAAAGUGACCAUGAUUGGACACACAGACACAGUCAGAUGCCUUCAGGUGGAUGAUGACAAGGUGAUCAGUGGCUCAUAUGACAAGACACUGAAAGUGUGGGACCUGAAGACAGGCAGCUGUAGGAGAACAUUACGAGGUCACAAUGCAGCAGUAUUAUGUGUUCACUUCAACGAGAGCAAGAUUGUGUCAGGAUCCUGUGAUAACACCAUCAAGGUGUGGAACUACCAAGGGGUGUGCAUGAUAACGCUGUCUGGCCACCAAGACGCUGUCACAUGUCUGCAGUUUGAUGCCACCCGUAUCGUCAGUGGCUCCCUGGACUGUAACCUGAAGUUCUGGGACAUCCACAGUGGGGAGUGCAUCAAUACCAUAGACUGGAAGGCAGCAGAAGGCCACACAGGAGUUGUCAGAUGUCUUCAAGCGGACAGUUGGCGUCUAGUCAGUGCAGCAGAUGAUAAGACCAUCAAGGUGUGGAAUCUGGAGACUGGCCAGCGACUGGUGACCCUACAGAACCACAAGGAUGGAGUAACCUGUCUGCAGUUUAAUGAUUUCAUCAUUGUGUCAGGGUCCUAUGACAAGACAGUGAAACUGUGGGACUUCAGUUGCUGCUAACUCCUCACAGUAACUUAACCCUGAAAGGAGCUUGCUGUAUCCUGUGCUUCUCACACAGUUGUAUCUGGGCACCAUGGAGAUCCCACCAUGACUUGUGAAAUAUAUGCCAAUAUUGUUUUCAAAUUUCAUGUGCAUGUGUUCAGAUAAGUCUCUCUUGCUGAGGAAGGCAGUGCAAUGCCUACAGUUGGUCUACCAGUGCAUAAUUUGCUGUAAAGGAGUUAUGUCUGAUCCCCCACCUAGAGUUAUGUCUGAUCCCCCUCCAGGAGUUAUCUCUGAUCCCCCACCUAGAGUUAUGUCGGAUCCCCCUCCCCUACUAGGAGUUAUGUCUGCCCCCUCCCCCACUAGGAGUUAUUUCGAUCCCCUCCCCCACAAGGAGUUAUCUCUGAUCCCUCCCCCACUAGGAGUUGACUGACCCCCUCCU